ACGGGAGAACUUGGUGUGCCUGUUAACACAACGGUCUCACUGAAGAUUGGCCCCCGAGGCCCUGUCCUCCUGGAAGAUACCAUUGGUCGCAAGAAAGUUCUUCAUUUUGCCAAAGAGCGUCAGGCGGAAAGAGUGGUCCACGCCGUUGGCCAUGGUGCAUAUGGAACUUUCGUUUCGAACGGAGAUUACAGCAACCUAACAUCAGCUUGCUGGCUGCAAGCUGGCGCAUCAUCUGAUACCUUUGCGCGAUUUUCGACUGUUGUUUCACCAGCUGGAGGGGGGGAUGUCGACCGUGACAUUCGUGGAUUUGCCACGAAACUCUAUACUCAAUGUGGCAAUCAUGAUCUGCUUGGACUUCAUCUUCCGUCCUUUCUGGUAAAUGAUGGACUCCUCUUUCCCGAUGUUGUUCAUGCCCUCAAGCAAGAACCUGAUUCGGGGUUUCCAUCGUUUGGUGCUGCUCAUACAACUGCAUAUGACUUCUUCACUCAACGCACUGAAAGUGCAUUCCAGGUCAUGAACGUGCUAAGCGACCUUGGAAUUCCCAGAACUUCACGCCACCAUGGAUCAGCGGGCGUUUCUACAUACCGGUUCAUCAAUGCGGAAGGUGCCACCACUUUAUUCAAGUGGUAUUUCAUCCCAAAACUUGGUUACCGAUCGAACGUGGCAGAUGAGAUGUCGAAGAUCGCUGGAAAGAUGCCUCAGUUUCAGCGAGCAGAUCUAUACAACAAUAUCGAGGCUGGAAGAUUUCCAGAGUAUGAUCUUAAGGUCCAGCUUUUCCCUGACAAUGAUGCAUUCAUGUACAAGAACUACGAUCUCCUCGAUCCGACAAUCGUGGUGCCUUUUGAAGAGAACCCUCCCAUAACUCUAGGGACGAUGACGCUUAAUCGCAAUCCCACGAACUACUUCGCAGAGACGGAACAGGUGGCAUUCAGUCCUGCAAAUGUUGUAACUGGUAUCAGCUUCGUACCAGAUCCGGUCAUUAGUUGGCGUUUGCUUGCCUACGACGAGACUCAUCACUACCGCCACGGGUCUGAAAAUUUCGUUGAGAUGGGUGUCAAUUCUCCCAUUGUCCCAGUGAACAACAACUUUCGCGACGGUCUCAUGCAAAUGUAUAUCUACGAAGGCAACUCCGCUUCAACGCCCAAUGGCAUUGGUGGCGUUUAUGAGGCGUCAGGUCCAACGGCGUAUGGUUAUGGCAAUCAAAAUUUCAAUGGACGGAUUGGACGUUAUGAAUUCAACAACGAUCCGUAUAUGCAAGCAGCCAUCUUUUUCAACUCCCAGGACAAUUACUCCCAACAGCAUACUGUGGAUGGUUACCGGUUCGAGGUCGGAUUGGUUGCUGACCAGAAUGUUAAGAUCAACUUUGUAAACAAAGUCCUCAAUUCCAUCGACAAUUGCCUGGCUCGCCGAGUCGCUUACGGCCUCGGAAUCCCAUUGCCUGCCGCUCAAGAGGGCACUGCAAAUGUAUCCGGAGUUAUGUACCCUUCUCAGUACCCUCUGCAGUACACUACACCACAGCCUGUGGUAGGGCUCAGUGUGGGAAUCGUCACAGACAGCGCUGGACCUUCAACAAGCGACCUCGCAGCUAUACAGCAGGUAUUCGAUGGGCAGCAAUUGCUAUUUGACAUUAUUGCACCGCAUCAGGGUCCCUUGACACGAGGAGUCUCGGCGACUCAGAGUUAUAUCACCUCAUCAAGUGUCUUCUUCGACGCUGUGAUCAUAGUUGGCAACAAUACCAGCUUGCCCGACCUGCAGGCCUUCAUUCAAGAAGCUUACACCCACGGGAAGCCAAUUGGUGCUCUGGGUGGCACUUCAUCA